AUGGAAAUCAUGUGUGACAAAAGUCCCUCAAAACCGCUAUUCAACGAAUAUCCAUGGACUCGUACAGUCCAUGAUGAUAUUAUUACCACCGUUAGCAAAUCUGUGGUACAAUGGCUCGAGGUCGUAAUUGCAGUGGAUAACGACCAAGAAGCAAACGCAGACCACAUCCAAAUGGUACAGGAUGAAUUAAAAAGGACGUGUGAAGGUUGGAUUAUCACAGCCGAAAAUAUCUACGAUAAAUAUAUUGAUUUAAUGGGAAAAUGUGUAACGAGGAUAGAGGAGCUGGUAUCCAUAUUAGGUGUGGACUUGUUCGAAGAAAACCAGAACAAAGACAUGCCUCUAAGUAAAAACUACAAUUGGUUGAAAACAAGAUUGCAAGAACUGGAAAUCAUAUAUGAAAAAAAACAAAAAGAAGCACGAGAACUGGAGGGCAAAUAUGAACUUUUGGCGAAGAAACUAGGGCAAUCUUUCAGAACUCUUCCAGAUGUCAUGUCUCCGCUAUCGGAAGAAAAAAUCAAACAAACAGUAGAAUCCUUAGAGCAAAGAGCUGUUCUUAAUGAAAAGGAAUUUAGGACGAAAAUAGCUGAAAUUCGAAGCAUCAUUCGAAAUUAUGGUGUUCAGUUGGAUGAAGCCCAACAGGCUAAAUUUUUGGAGUUGUCAGACGAAUCAUUCGUUAUCACCAGCGAAGCAAUUGACUCACUGAAUGAAAUUUACGAGUGUGUGGUGAUCAAACAGCAGGAAACUGACACGCGCAUUAAUAGUUUGAAAGAACAACUAGAAAAAUUAUGGAAUAGUCUUCAUUUUUCAGCCAGCGAAAAGAUAUCUUUUCUAGAAUCAAUGGAAAUUGACCAGAGGGAACUCGUGCAGCGUCUUUCUGACGAAAUUGCAAGAUUAGAAGCCUUUAGAGACCAUAAUCUGGAAAAUUUAAUCGAAGAAUGUAAAGCAACGUUGACCGUUCUUUGGGACCAGUGUCACUGUGGUUCAAGUAUACGGAAUGAUUUUCCAGAAAUUUACACAAACGAUUACAGUCAAGCGGUGCUUGAUCAUUGUAAUGAAGAAAUCAAGAAGUGGGAAGAGUUCUAUGCCCAAAAUUAUGAAAUUAUUAUUACGCUGAACACAUACAACAAAAUUCUGAAAGAGGCAGAAGAACUGAGAAUAAACAGAGAUCCGAGGUCUUUUUAUGCAAACAGAGGUGGCAAAAUGGCGGAGGAGUUGAAAAAAUUGGGCAUUUUAAAAAGUCGCAUCAACAAAACUGAAGAGAAACUCUUAAAAUUGUCGAAUUAUUUUUCGCAGAAACACGGAGAGCCGUUUCUGAGUUUUGAUCGAACUAUUGAAGCUCUGAUUAAGACCAACGUUAGUCUGAAGAAGUAUGUUACGAAAGAUACAGUGGAUUCUACUAAGUCACCAAGAACACCUCGAUUGUGCACACCAAAAAGUUCUCCUUUCACACCAACCCCUCAGAAAAGUACAGGGAAAAAGAAAGCAAUAACCCCACGCAGUCAACAAAAACGCUCUUCAAAAAAAGGUUCUUUCGCUUUUUUUAAUUUACGAGUCCUGGAAAUAAUAGGAAGUAUUUUAGAAAUGCCCAAGUUCAGACCACUCGAAGGAAAAACAAAUUCACCAAAGAAGUGUUGGAGGCCAUCUGUGGUGAGUUUAAAAUCGGCCAAAGACUCGGAUGAUGAAUCGUGGACGUCCGAUUUUAGUGAUUUCGAGAAAGACAUCAAAAUAAAAAACGUUCCACGAAGUUCGAGUAUUUUGAAAUGA